CAGGGAUAUUCUUGCAGUACUUGAAUGCUGUAAGAGAGACGAAGACCUUUUACCAGGGCCUGUAGCAACCGGCCAAGGGUGAAUGGUUUUACAUUGUAAGGGAGUAGGUUUAGAUUGGAUAUAGGGGAGGAUUUUUUCCAGUGAGGGUAGUGAGGCCCUGACAACUUGCCCAGAGAAGUUGUGGCUGCUCCAUCUUCUGGAGGUGCUCAAGGCCAGGUUGAAUAAGGCUUUGACCAAGUAGACUGAGUGGGAGAUGUCCCUGCCCAUGGCAGGGGGUUUGUGCCAGGUGAUCUCUUCCAACCCAAACCAGUUGUUGGUCUGCAAUUGUGAUAAAUAACAAAACACGGCAGAAAAGCACAUGGUGUCAAUGAAGCAGAGUUCUGUGAACAGUACCUACGUGAAUUUAACUUCAUUAGAUGAAUCUGAGCAAGCUGAGAGGUUGAAAUGAUGGCUUUAGGUCUGGAAUUCAAAACCAUCAAUUCAGGGUGGUUGCAUUUGUGUUCCUGACAUCUGGGGAAUGCCAGUUUUAGAUCCUAGUGUCAGCAGCAUAUUCAGAUCUUGCUGCCAACCAGGGACUAAUUUUCAGUCUUUAAUUUUUUUAAGCAUUCCCUUGCCUCAUGUAGAACGGUGGCUUCCUGCUGCUGGGAAUGUCCAUCCUGCUGGGAAGCUGGUGAUGCAAGUUCCCUCCUGCAGGACUGAGGUGACCACAGGUUACUGUUGAAGGACAGGAACUGCUGAUGAAGCAUUGCCCAGGAACUGGGGGAUCAGCAGGGUGUCUUGCUGCACUGGAGAACUUGCUGCUGCUUGGAAAUGCCACAGCUGGAGUUUAGGAAGAUGCCCAAGAAGGGAGGGAAGAUUGCAGACGUGGCAAAGGAAACACAGGCUCAGUGCAAACGGCCCAGGUUGGAUGCAGCUGGUUCUCCAUCAGUCCUGAGUUUUGAGAGCCCCGACAGCCUCUUCAGGAGCCUGAUCUCUCCCAUCAGAGAAGAGGAGUUUUUCAGGGACUACUGGGAGCAGAAGCCCCUGCUUGUUCAGAGGAAUGAUGUCCUGGUGGCUGCUUACUACCAGUCCCUGUUCCAGCUGUCACACUUGAAGGAGCUGUGCAGCCAGGGCCUGUACUACGGGCGGGAUGUGAAUGUCUGCAGGUGUGUCAAUGGGAAAAAGAAGGUUUUAAAUAAAGAAGGUAGAGUGAAUUACAUGCAGCUGAAGAAGGAUUUUGACCAGAAAAAGGCAACAAUACAGUUUCAUCAACCUCAGAGAUUUAAGGAGGAGCUGUGGAAGAUUCAGGAGAAGCUGGAGUGUUACUUUGGGUCUCUGGUGGGCUCCAAUGUUUACAUCACUCCCCAGGGGUCUCAGGGCCUUCCCCCUCACUAUGAUGAUGUCGAGGUGUUCAUCCUCCAGCUGGAAGGAGAGAAGCACUGGCGGCUCUACAAACCAACGGUGCCUUUGGCUCGGGAGUACAACGUUGAGCCAGAAGAGAGGAUUGGGAGUCCCACACAUGAAUUCAUAUUAAAGCCAGGUGACUUAUUGUACUUCCCAAGAGGGACUAUUCACCAAGCUGACACUCCUCAUGGGAUCUCCUAUUCAACACACGUGACCAUCAGCACCUACCAAAACAACUCGUGGGGAGAUUUCUUACUGGAUGCAAUUCCUGGCCUGGUGUUUGAUGCAGCAAAAGAGGACAUGGCACUGAGGACAAGCAUUCCAAGGCAACUGCUCAUGCAGGUGAACACAGCUGACUGCACCAAAAAGCUGAGCAGCCUUCUGAGAAGGCUUGCAGACAGUCUGGAGAGCUCCAGGGAACUGAGAUCAUCCGACAUGAAGAAGGAUUUCAUCAUGCACCGGUUGCCACCGUGCUUGGGAUGUGACUCUGAUCCUUUGACUCCAGGUGGGAAAUUGCCAAAAAUAGAUAGCAAAAUCAGACUGCAGUUUAGAGACCAUGCUAUCAUCACUGUGGAACCAGAUCAAGACAAUGCUGAUGAAAUUCGGAGGGAGAUGGUUUAUGUGUAUCAUUCCUUAAAGAACAGGAGAGAAACUCACAUGAUGGGGAGAGAGGAUGACACUACCAGUGAGGAUGGCCUGGCACAGCAGACUCAUGGGCUGCGCUUCCCUUUGUCAUACUUGGAUGCACUGAAGCAGAUCUGGAGUAGCAGCACUGUUAAUGUUAAAGAGCUUAACCUUACCUCAGAUGCAGAGAAAGAAAACCUUGCCUUGUCACUCUGGACUGAAUGUCUGAUUGAAGUUCUUUGAUGCUUUUGUGAAUUAGCUGCUCUGGCUAUCAAUGAUCUCUUGAGACCAAGGUUUAUUAAAUUAAGGUUUUUUUAAUCCA